AUUUCUUGAAUUUACGACAUUAGACCGGAGUGAAGUAUCUUAUCUGCUGCCAUCAUGGGUGGUAAGAUGUCAUGCACGCCUCAAGAACUCGUUCUCAUCUGUGAAGACAAGAAAGGUGCCUUCAGUUUCCCGACCUUUGAUGCGGAUGAAGUCUAUGAUCGUGUCUACGUAGGAGGACAACAGACAGCGAAAGACAAGGCCAAACUACAAGCUCUAUGCAUCACACAUGUACUUAACUGUGCUGAGGGAACAGAAAUGUUCAAUGUUGAUACAAAUCAAGCUUAUUAUCAGGAAUACCAGGAUACAAACAUUAAAUACUGUGGUCUUCCAGUAAACGAUGUACCAGGAGCCAACAUGAGGAAACAUUUCAAUACAGCAGUCAAGUUCAUAGAUGAAGCUCUGGAACAAGAAGAUGGUAAAGUUCUAAUUCACUGUGUAGCUGGUUUUAGCCGGUCAGCGACGAUAGCCAUUGCUUACCUUAUGAUCAGACGCGGGAUGACCGCUCAGGAAGCAACCCGGACGGUCAGGAAGAAACGACCUAUCGGACCUAACGAAGAAUGUGGAUUUGGUCCCUCACCGCUCUGGAGUCCACCUUCAACCCCUUCCUCUGCAUGCCUUCUGCCACCUGUUGCCAUCCUCUUGCCUGAUCUCCAGUCUCGUAUUUGUACUGGAAGGGGUUGGCCAGUAUGCCUUCCCCAAUGAGUACCGGUAUGUGUAUACUGGUGUUGUCCCAGGACAUGCUGCAGUACAAGGAAAAAACACAGAUAUAUGAUAUUUUUGUGCACAACAAAAGGUACAGUAGUCAGUGCAUACGUCAAAAUCCACUGACCAAAUUGCAAAUUUGAGACACGCUUCUAUAGAUAUAGUGAUCUCAUAUUUCAAACUCUUAUAACUUUCUUUUUACUGGUCGCAUUUAUUUAAAACUUUCGCCAUAUGCUGAUUCUCUUAUUUCUGCUUUCGUACUAAGUAACAAAGGACAAACGUUGGUUUGCCCUUUGAUUAAAUUCCAGUUCUGUGUGCCUAUAUCUUGCCUUCAAAUUAAUAGGACGGAUUUGCAAUAAUCUUGUUUUUUGCAUAUAUAAAAAUUGGUCUAGUUAUCUUGUGUGUGCUUUUUCUCCCGUAAAGAUUUUAAGUACUAAGAGGUUAUAAGUCUUCCAUAAGUUCCUUUGCCUUUUAAAGACUUGUAAAACCAUGACACAGUCAACUGUACUUUGUAUUUUGUACUGUAUUUUGUUUUUGUUGGGGGGGGGGGGAGAGAAACAGCCCCAAACCCCUACCCCAUUCCCUUGUCCUCUAGAACUGCUGUUGCUCCUAGGCAAGACAUUAAUCUAUAUGUGCCACUUUUAACCCAUUUGGUCAUUAAUAUUAAAGAGGCUAGAAAGAGGUUUAUAUACACUAUUCAUUUUGAUAAUUUAUAGCGCACAUAUCCACUAAGCAAGAAGCUCAAGGCACUUCAAAUGUUACCCCAGCUCUACCGAUUUCAGCACUAGCAGCCUUCAAGGAAUUCCUUGCUACCAGUACCCUGGGUAGAGAGUGGCAAAUGUAGAUUAAUGUCUUGCUAAAAGACAAGCGUGCCUGGUAAAAGCUGAAAGAUUACAGGGUCAUGCACAAAAACGUAGAAAACACUGCUGAAAAACUGUCAGGGUUACUAAUUGUAGUAGUCAACAAUUACAAUAGUUGAUGAUAGACCCUCUUGCUUGUUUGAUGCCUUUAAAUAAUAGUCUUUCAUGUAUAAUAUAGAGUUUUUAUAUUAUUCAGUUGCAAUAAAUUUGGUUUAAAAAAA